AUGAACGUAGAGGAGAGAAAUUUCAAAAAAGGUGAUGUGGUGAGAGAAGUAACUGUUCAGACUGGUGGAUCUGUUAUUAUUCCAUGUCAUUAUGAAAAUAAAUACAUCCAACACAAGAAAUAUUGGUGCUAUGAUGCAGGAACAGCUUAUAAUUGCUGCUGUUCUCUAGCAUAUACAAAUAAAACCAAAGGAGAUGUGUCAGUAAUUGAUCAUCCUCAUCAGAGUUUAUUUACUGUCACUAUGAGAGACCUGCAGGAGCAAAACACUGGAACUUACUGGUGUGCUGUGGAUAAUGAAGGACACUUGUGUAUGAUAGAGCAGCUUAAUAUCACAAUCCAAUCAGAUCCUGAUGUCUCUGUGAUGUCCAGCAGUGUAACUGUAGAUGAAGGUGGUAAUAUCAGUGUACAGUGUCUCUACACUUCUACAUAUAAGAAUAAACACAAACAGUGGUGUAGAUAUAAAGACAAGAGCUGUUACACAUCCCAGAAUGCAUCAGUUGAGAUCAGUGAAGAUGGGAGAGGAUCUUUGACUGUGGUGAUUUUUGGACUGAUGAAGAGUGAUUCUGGCUGGUAUUACUGUUCUGUAGGAGAUCAACAGGCUCCUGUUCAACUCACAGUCACUGGUAAAACUUAUUCAGUUAUCAAGAUGUGGAAGUUUUGCUACACCAUGCAAAACAGCAACACCAUCAGUGAUUACAGACAGCAGCUCAACAAGAGACACAAGAGUCAUACCGGCCCACCGGAAAAGGUCCAGACUCUCCCGAUUGCCACUCCGCUACUGGCUGUAGGGAAGAAGACUCUGUUAAUCCUCAAUCCUGAAUGUGAUGUGACGUACAGUUUUGUCAUUACACUUCCCAAGACUGAAGCAUACAGUCCAGAGGUAGAGGAACCUGUGAUCUACAGCUCUGUGUCUGAAUAG